CACUGCACCUGACACACCAUCUCCAUGUUGUCCCUGUCUGCACACAGCUGCUGAAACCCACCACGCACACACUGUCUGUGUGCACGUGUGUUCACCGCAUCGCUUAGAUAGGUGGGGGCUGCAGGUGGAGCCUCACACACACACACGCACACACGCUGACACCAGCAACAGGUGGAGUCGCUUUCACAUUCCUCAGCUUGUGAAACGACAACACGCUCGUGCCCAGAGGAAGUGCGGAAGUCCACCAGAGCCAUCAUGUCAUUUUACAGUGUGGCACAUCGCUGACCUGACAGUGAAUGGUUGGCUGAAGCUUCUCUCUUUCAUUUUCCUUUCCUCUUUCUCCGAGAAGUGGCCUCUAUCUGCAUUUCUCGCCAUGCCCACCCACAAGAGGCAGCCCAGUAUUGAACUACUGGAACUAAUGGGAGUGGUGAAAGAGAAUGGCAGCGAACAGACUUCACUCCCUCCGGUGCACACCCCACUGUCCUACGAUUACGUCCUGGUUGCCAAGACGAUUGAAAACCAGGAGAGAGCGGUUUUCAAGAAGCAAACUGAAUUCAUUGAAGAAUUGAAAAAAAAGAAGAUGAGAGUCACAAAAAUCGUUGACGACGAUCGCGUCUUCUACGGGAUUCAAGCGCCAAAAGAGAUUUUUGAGAAGUACCGGUACCUGCUCAAAGUGUCGGACGCUUGUAACUGGAGCUCGGGUCAGAGCGUUGUGCCUCUGAGCACCAGGAUAAGGAUCGUCCACUUCAUUUUGAAUCACACCCCUAUCCGUUCCGGAGAGUGUCUGCAUCAGCUCAUGAAGACGAAGGUUUUUGAGGCGAAGUUCUGCUUACAUGAGAAAAAGAAACAGAAAGAGCUGAAGGAGAACUGGGCACGAUGGACAGCCUGUAUCCAAGGGCAACCCAUAACUGCUGUCAGGAACUACUUUGGGGAGAAGGUGGCCCUGUACUACCUGUGGUUGGGCUGGUACACGUACCUGCUCAUCCCUCCUGCCAUCAUUGGGGUGAUCGUCUUCCUCUAUGGCCUCGCCUACUUCAACAGCUCCCCCCUCAUAAAAGAGGUGUGCGAGGCUGACACCAUCAUGUGUCCACUUUGUGACAAGAGAUGCCAAGUUUGGCUGCUCUCCGACACCUGCACAUACGCCAAGGUGAGCCAGCUCUUCGAUAAUAACGGCACCGUGCUCUUUGCGAUGUUCAUGGCUGUGUGGGCAACACUGUUUUUGGAAUUUUGGAAGAGACAUCGAGCUUCCUAUGUGUGUGAAUGGAAAGUGUCUGACUGGUGUGAGGAGGAGGAGGAACUAAUCCUGGAAAUUUUGAACAACGCAACCUGUGAACCCAAGAAGUACAAGCACUCCUACCUGCGCACCACCUUGGUUUUGAUCUGUGUCACAGCCAUGAUACUGGUGAUCAUCGGCCUGACACACGCCUUGGUGGUGUUCAGGGUGAUCGCAGCCGUACUCUUGGCUGAGGGAUCAUGGGAGUUCCUGAGCACCCACUCCAACAGUGGAGCGAUGAUGCUGGGCGCCGUCCUCCAUUACCUCAUCAUCACCGUCAUGACUCGGAUAAACAGGAUUGUGGCCAUGAAGCUGUGUGAAAUAGAGGAAACCAGAUCAUUCACUACCACAGAGAAGAGUUUCACUGUCAAGAUGUUCACCUUCCAGUUCUUCACCUACUUCUCCUCGCUCUUCUACGUGGCCUUUUUCCUCGGCAGGAUCAAUGGUCAUCCUGGUGGUUAUGUACGAAUCGCAGGGCAAUGGAGACUUGAGGAAUGUCACCCGAGUGGGUGUCUCACGGACUUGUUCAUCCAAAUGGCAAUUAUAAUGGUACUCAAGCAAACCAUUAGCAACGUGUUCGAGUUCACUGGCCCCUGGUUCUGCAGGUGGUUCAAAAGGAGAAGAACCCGGAAGCUGCAGAGGACAUGUGCUCACUGUUACCUGAAGAGCGAAUUGCAGGACAGCCACGGAGCUGAGCUGUGUGAUAAUUGCAAGCUUCGAGACUGGGUCAGCAACUACCGCCUCAAUGAUGUCGACUCCUUCAGUCUGUUCGACGAGUUCCUGGAAAUAGUGAUCCAGUUCAGCUUUACCACCAUAUUUGUGGCAGCGUUUCCUCUCGCUCCUCUUCUAGCCCUGAUUAAUAAUGUCAUUGAGAUACGCUUGGACGCCAUUAAGAUGGUCACUCUGGAGCGGAGACUUGUCCCCAAGAAAACCAACGAUAUUGGUGUGUGGAUAGACGUGUUGGAGGCUAUCGGUGUCUUAGCCGUCAUUGCUAAUGGGUUGGUCAUCGGCGUGUCCUCGAACUUCGUCCCUCGACUGGUGUACCGUUACUACUUUGGCCCAUGUGCUAAUAGCACAGCGACAGAUAUUGACUGCAUGGCUGGCUACAUCAACAACACUCUCUCCAUUGCACGAAUGGAUGACCAGAUCAUACGCAAUGAGUUUUCACCCUAUCAGAUGACCACUCCUGAUGGUUUAAAUGUCUCCUCCUGCAGCUAUAAAGACUACAGGAGUAACGAGGACUACAGUUUAACCCCACAGUUCUGGCUAAUACUAGCCGUGCGCUUUGCAUUUGUCAUCCUCUUUGAACAUGUUGUCGUCAUAUGCAAGUUCAUUGCAGCCUGGUUUGUGCCGAGCGCUCCCAUUCAGGUCAAGAACGACAGACUCUUUGAUAAACUCAACAGACUGAAGGAGGAACUCAGGUCAUUUGUAGCGUGACGGCAUGCAGCAACUUAAAUGGACCACGUUUUUCCUUGAGAACAGGAAUCCAGUGUUGCCUCGUGCAUUAAAGUGUCCAGACUAUCAGUGUUGAGUCAAUUUCAAAGCCAUUUAUCAUCUCUGUGAAGAGUUCAGACGGAGGCCUCUCUCUUUCCCUUAUCGUUUGCAUUGAGAUGUUAAGCUGCUGGGUUUCUCAUCCAUGAAAUGGACUUUGAAUGGAGACAAAUUUUUGUGUACAGAAGGAAACAGAUUUUACUGACCUUACAUGAGAUUAUUCCUAUUCUAGGAAUGUACUGACAGCUUUCUGUUGGAUCGCUAUAUCUGUGAGCUGUAUGUCAGUGUUUUUAUUGAAAGCCUACAGAUAAUUUAUACUGCUACUGUGAAUACAGUACCGAUCGUGUGUUAACAUGUUGCCUUAUAUUGUAAGAAGCGCUGUGAUGAUUGUUGCAUUACUGCAGAUCUGAUGGUGUCUUUUGUAAAUCAAACAUGACAAUGUUUGCCUUAUAAUAUUUUUUAUUAACCAAUAAAGGAAACGUUUGUCCUUUAAAAA